AUGUCGUCAUCCAAGUACUGUUCGCGCGAGCCGCAAGAUCUGAUGCAGAUUUUCGGCCGCAUCGCUCAAUAUGCCGCCAAGUACGUGGGCCAGCACUACGACUUUGACAACACGCGUGUGAUCAACUUCGUGCCGCCCGACAAGCUGAAGGAGAUCAUCGACUUCCCUCUCCCCGCCGAGGGCUGCGGUCUCACAUCCGACCUCAAGGGCAUCGAGAAGUACCUGGAGCAGGUGCUCGAGUACAGCGUCAGGACCGGCUCGCCUCGCUACUUCAACCAGCUCUGGUCUGGCACCGAUAUCGCCUGUAUCGUGGCCGAAUGGGUAUCGGCGUUCACCAACUCGUCGACCUACACGUACGAGGUGGCGCCCGUCUAUUCGCUCAUGGAGAUCGAGGUCAUCAACCACCUCCUCAAGUUCGUCGGCUACGAGGGCGGUGACGGCAUCUUGGCUUCCGGUGGCGCGACCUGCAACUUCAUGGGCCUGCUCUGCGCCCGCGACAAGCUCUUCCCCGACUCCAAGACUACGGGCAAUCCCGAGGGCAAGAAGCUGGUGGCCUUCACGUCGGCGCACAGCCACUACACCAUCAAGCGCAGCACGUGGAUGAUGGGCAUGGGCCUCGAUGCCGCCAUCAACGUCUCUGUCGACGCCGACGGCAAGAUGAGCCCUCAGGCUCUUGAUGAGGCCAUCACCAAGGCCAAGGCGGAGGGUCUCACUCCCUUCUGCGUGAACGCCACCUGCGGUACCACCGUGCUCGGCGUGUUCGAGGAUCUCAACGGUAUUGCGGACGUGUGCCAGAAGCACGGCGUGUGGCUGCACGUCGACGGCGCGUGGGGCGGUAGUGUGCUCGUGUCGAAGAAGUGGCGUCACAAGAUGGCCGGCGUCGAGCGCGCCGACUCGGUGACCUGGUGCCUGCACAAGAUGAUGGGCAUCAACCAGCAGUGCGCCGCCUUCCUCACCAAGGAGAGCCACCUCCUGAAAAAGGUGAACGCCAGCCACGCGGACUACCUGUUCCACUUCGAUGACACGAGGCCGUACGAUCUGGGCGAGAAGACGCUCAACUGCGGUCGCCACCAGGACUCGUUCAAGGCCUGGCUCUCGUGGAAGGUCCACGGCGACAAGGGCAUGGAGCAGAGGGUCGACACCAACUUUGCCAACGCGAUCUACUUCACAGAGGAGCUCAAGAAGAGGAGCGACAAGUUCGAGCUUCUCUUCGAGCCCGAGUGCACCCAACACUACGACUUUGACAACACGCGUGUGAUCAACUUCGUGCCGCCCGACAAGCUGAAGGAGAUCAUCGACUUCCCUCUCCCCGCCGAGGGCUGCGGUCUCACAUCCGACCUCAAGGGCAUCGAGAAGUACCUGGAGCAGGUGCUCGAGUACAGCGUCAGGACCGGCUCGCCUCGCUACUUCAACCAGCUCUGGUCUGGCACCGAUAUCGCCUGCAUCGUGGCCGAAUGGGUGUCGGCGUUCACCAACUCGUCGACCUACACGUACGAGGUGGCGCCCGUCUAUUCGCUCAUGGAGAUCGAGGUCAUCAACCACCUCCUCAAGUUCGUCGGCUACGAGGGCGGUGACGGCAUCUUGGCUUCCGGUGGCGCGACCUGCAACUUCAUGGGCCUGCUCUGCGCCCGCGACAAGCUCUUCCCCGACUCCAAGACUACGGGCAAUCCCGAGGGCAAGAAGCUGGUGGCCUUCACGUCGGCGCACAGCCACUACACCAUCAAGCGCAGCACGUGGAUGAUGGGCAUGGGCCUCGAUGCCGCCAUCAACGUCUCUGUCGACGCCGACGGCAAGAUGAGCCCUCAGGCUCUUGAUGAGGCCAUCACCAAGGCCAAGGCGGAGGGUCUCACUCCCUUCUGCGUGAACGCCACCUGCGGUACCACCGUGCUCGGCGUGUUCGAGGAUCUCAACGGGAUUGCGGACGUGUGCCAGAAGCACGGCGUGUGGCUGCACGUCGACGGCGCGUGGGGCGGUAGCGUGCUCGUGUCGAAGAAGUGGCGUCACAAGAUGGCCGGCGUCGAGCGCGCCGACUCGGUGACCUGGUGCCUGCACAAGAUGAUGGGCAUCAACCAGCAGUGCGCCGCCUUCCUCACCAAGGAGAGCCACCUCCUGAAAAAGGUGAACGCCAGCCACGCGGACUACCUGUUCCACUUUGAUGACACGAGGCCGUACGAUCUGGGCGAGAAGACGCUCAACUGCGGUCGCCACCAGGACUCGUUCAAGGCCUGGCUCUCGUGGAAGGUCCACGGCGACAAGGGCAUGGAGCAGAGGGUCGACACCAACUUUGCCAACGCGAUCUACUUCACAGAGGAGCUCAAGAAGAGGAGCGACAAGUUCGAGCUUCUCUUCGAGCCCGAGUGCACCCAAGUCUGCUUCUUCUACCUGCCCAAGUGCAUCCGCGAUAUGCCCAAGAGCAAGGAGAGGGACGAGCUGUGCGGCAAGUACGUGCCCAUGCUCCGCCGCAAGAUCCAGCUCGCUGGCUCGAUGCUGGUCAACUACAACCCCCUGUCGGAGUCGCUCCCCAACUUCCCCUUCGUGCCGAACCACUGGCGUAUUGUCAAUCCCGAGCAGACGUUCGAGGACGCGCUCUUCGUGCUCGACGAGAUGGACAGGCUCGGCGAGGACAUGACCCUCGGCGAAACCGCCCAGGCCUAA